AUGAAUCCGUCAUCAACAACUCCGAAAGCCGCAUCAGCUGCCAGUAGUGUAACACUAUCGUUACAUCCUCUUGUUAUUAUGAAUAUAGCUGAACAUUACACAAGAGUACGUGUCCAAAAUCAAUCACGUCCUCAAGGAACACCAUCGCUACCAACAUCAUCUAAUAUUGAAGUGUUUGGAGCCUUGCUUGGUAAACACAAAGGUCGUCACAUCGAACUAUGUGAUACAUUUGAAUUUAAAAUAGUUGUUAAUAAACCAAUAACAAAUGGUAUCAUAAUUGAUUUAGAUUAUUUGAGUAAAAAAUUAGAAUCAAUCAAAUUAGUUCAAGGAGAUUUAGAUUUUAGUGGUUGGUAUGCAAUUGAUAGUGAAUUAAACGUUGAUUUAAUGUGUAAUUUACAUCAACAAUUGGUACAAUUAAAUGAGAGUCCACUACUAUUACGUUUAGAUCCAUUUGGUGUUAGUAAUGAAUUACCGGUACAUGUCUAUGAGACAAUAAUCGAUAUUUUACCAAAUAGUAAUAGUGAUGGAACAAAAAUUGAUUUUAUUGAAACAACCUAUACUUUAGUUACCGAAGAAGCUGAACGAAUUGGUAUUGAUCAUGUGGCACGUUAUUCUGUAACAGAUUCUUCGGAUACAUCAGUAGUUACGGAACAAAUACAUAUUCAAUAUAAUGCCAUACGCCUAUUAUAUCAACGAAUGUUAUUAUUACUUGAAUAUGUUAAAGCAAUUAAAAAUAAUACAUUACCACGAAAUGACGAUUUAUUAAGAGAAAUUGGUUCAUUGUGUCAAAGAUUACCGAUUAUAAAUACAGAAGAUAAUAAUAAUCCAUUAUUUCGUGAUGAUUUUAAUAUUCAACAAUCAGAUGUUGCAUUACUCGCUCUACUAGCGUGUUGUACACAAGAAAUAAAUACAUUAAAUAAUUAUAUAACUAAAUUCAAUGUUGUUCAUGAAAAACAAUCACAUGGUGGCGUUUUUGGUUAUAGUGGUCGACGAGCGGGUCGUGGUUCAUUUUUUUAUCCAUCUUCAUUUGUUUAG